UUUAGGGGCAUAAUAAAAUAAGAAAAAUAUAAGAAAAACAUGUACUGCCUGCCAUUGCUAGCGCCUCUCCAACUCCAAGCCCACAACAACUUCCGCUUCCAAUCGAAACCCAAACCAAUCAGAGCGAUGAGAGCCGUGGUCCAGCGAGUCGCCUCCGCAAGCGUCGAGGUAGAAGGGCGCACGGUGUCGGAAAUUGGGCCGGGUUUGCUGGUCCUGGUGGGCCUCCAUGAGUCGGAUUCCAACUCCGAUGCCGACUACAUAUGCCGGAAGGUCUUGAAUAUGAGGCUGUUCCCAAAUGAAAGCUCUGGCAGAGGAUGGGACCAAAACGUAAUGCAUAGAAAUUAUGAAGUCUUACUGGUGAGCCAGUUUACAUUGUACGGAGUGUUGAAGGGUAACAAGCCAGACUUCCACGUGGCAAUGCCGCCCCAGAAUGCAAAGCCCUUUUAUGCUUCUUUGGUGGAUAGCUUCAGAAAAUCUUACAAACCAGAUGCAGUCAAAGAUGGUGUGUUUGGAGCAAUGAUGAAGGUCAACUUGGUCAAUGAUGGACCAGUCACAAUGCAGAUUGACUCGCAAUCCCCCAAGAACUCAAAUGAUGUGAUAGAAGAACAAUCAUAAUUUUCGUCGGUUGGCUUGACGGAAGAUUUAACAAUGGACUGGAAUUUGAAUCUGGAUUUGUGGGAUGUAAUAUUCAACAUUCUUGAUUGAUCAUGUGAAUUUAAGGUAGCAUGUAUGGAUGCAUCAAGUUCAAGUUAUGUUUUUGGAGA